GAAUUGAUUGUCUGCUAUCAACGCUACUGUUCUUCGGAUACUCCAGAAAUUAGCUCAAAAUAUGAGAUCGAAAGGGAUUGGUAUGAGACAGAAAAACCAGACAGUAUGUCAAAAGACUCAACUGAGUCGCUCCAAGCAAGUGCAACACCCAUGAUCCGACUCCAACCUCCCAACUGCGCCGACUCAUUUUUACCAAAAUUGGAGCACAAGACUUCGUCAAGAACCUCCGAUUCGUCAAAAUCACUGGGAACAACUCAUCCCAAAUUUAAGCACAAGUGUCUCCUUGUUGACGGGUUUGAUGCUGAGGAGAGCUGUCCCCAUUCAACGGACUCCUCAGGUGGGUAUGGAGAGCACAGUGUUUCAUGGGUUUCCCGACCUUCAAAGACUGGUAAAGGUAGCCGAGACAUGGAGUCUCCUUCAAGGAGUCGGAGGCGUGAUCGGUUCUACCGCUUUCUACCCAUCUUCAUACGCCGUCACACAUUAAGUAGGAAGAAGGACAAAAUUCCGAGCGAUGAAGAUUUCGGUUUGUCUGACAACGAGGCGAGUCGAAUGAAAGCUCGUUUUCCUUCCACUUCACCAAAACGACUUCAACGACCCUAUGAAAGUUUAACUCUAGAUCGGAUCAACUACAUAAAGAAAUCGGACUUGGCCAAAUUGCAUCGAACUCCUCUACAAUUGUCCACCUCGGCAUUAUUUAACACUGGGGAUGGAGACGCCACUUCUACGGGCACUUCAACACUUCGUCGACAUCAGCAUUGGCGCGGGGAUGAGAUGUCACAAAGACCUCCACUGCUUUAUACUGUUGCUUGCCAAAAUGGUGUUUGUGUGAGUUGCAAGACGACAGAAAUGGAACAGUCGAUAAUUGAAUGGGUUGACGUCCGUAAAUGUGGCAAGAAAAUGCAAGUUGGGAAAUCAUUUAUUGCCCAGGACUUCAACGUGGUAGGAGAAAAGCACAGCACGGAUGAGGAGGUGGGAGAGGUGGUGGGAAAGGAUUACACCCAAAUUUCGCACGUCUACGCAAACAUUGACCCACAAGACGCCUAUCCUUUGGAACAGCCGACUGCCGGAGUUACUCUCUAUGACAUCGGAAUUCAGGCUGAUCUUCCAAAUCGACUGCGAGGUCUUAGAUGUCGCUUAGAAUUCGAGCAGCCAGGUGUAGAGCUGGGCGACAGAGGUCAACUCUCCUGUGAGGCGUUUAAGGAACGAUUUGAUCCACUGAGUUUGAAGACUGUCGAAAGAGAAGAUGGAAAAGGCGGAAGAGGUGAAGCAGAUAGGGACUUCAAAACGCUAAGCUUUCGUGUAGCAUUCAAUAACAAGCCGGCAAGGAGUGCCAGCACUAUUUAG